AUUGUCGUCAGAACUAGAUUGCCAUAUGAGUUCUGAAAAGCGUUUGGCUCCUGAGGAUAACUGCUCUAAAAAUAGAUUUGGAGGAGAGGUUUCUCUUGGGUCCAGUUUCAGGUUCCAGCUGAGCUGGCUUUAGGAAGCUUGUUUGCUCCUGUUGCAAACAGGAGGAUAACCGUGAGGAUAUUUCUUAUUCUGCCUUCAGCAUUAAUUUUUUGGAAAUACUGACACACUCGCUCUGUUGGUGGAAAUCGAGUACUAAUGUUAUGGCUGACGACACAGAGACUAAGCAUGGAGGAGGCAAGAAUGGAAAGAAAGAAGGCCUCUCUGGAAGCUCAUUUUUCACCUGGUUUAUGGUAAUUGCUUUGCUGGGAGUUUGGACAUCAGUAGCAGUUGUCUGGUUUGAACUUGUAGAUUAUGAAGAAGUUCUAGGCAAGCUUGGGAUAUAUGAUGCUGAUGGAGAUGGAGAUUUUGAUGUGGAAGAUGCUAAAGUAUUGCUAGGCCUGACCAAAGAUGGCAGUAAUGAAAAUAUUGAUUCCCUUGAGGAAGUCCUUAAUAUUUUAGCAGAGGAAAGCUCUGAUUGGUUUUAUGGCUUUCUCUCAUUUCUCUAUGAUGUAUUGACUCCUUUUGAAAUACUAGAAGAAGAAGAGAGCGAAGCUGCAGAUGAUGUUGAUGGUACGUCACAGAAUGAAGGGGUUCAGGGAAAAAAGACUUGUGUUAUUUUGGAUUUACAGAACCAGUGACUGAGAGACUAAUUUGAUUGGCUUUCGAAAAUGUCCAUGAAAUUAUCAGUCUUAAUAUAUCACGAAUUUAUGGCAUUGAAGGGAACCUCCCAAAUGGACACUAAAGAUUGAACUAAAGUUAGACAUGCAAUGCUGUUUCAGUAGUUGAAAACCUUUCAAUAAUUUUUCCAUUUUUGUGACAGGAUGACAAGUAUUACACAGGUGUGUAAAUAUGUAGAAUAAAACAUGUUUCUGUGGUUGUGUAGUUGGUUUCUGUAUGUGCUUCAAUUUGUGCAUCCUGUGCACAAAACUUACAAAGCUUAAGUGUAAUAAUCUCUACUGUUAACACUAUAACAUUUGUCCUUCUAGCAAACAUUAACUGAAGCAUUUUGUAACAGCCUUGAUUAUAAAGUAUUCUAGCAUGACUGCAUUUUGUAAACACAUAUUUUUAUGUUAAUCCUUAAUAUAGUCAUGACAAUGAUAAUUCUCUUGUGAAAUAUAAUUUUAAUAAAUAACUUAUUUUGUGAUUCACUGAUUUCUCAGAUAGGUUCUUUUUGCUUCUACAAAGAAAAGCGCUUAAUUUAUAAGUGCUUGAAAAUUCUACAGAAACGUUUAUUUCUAAGUUAGCUGACAUCUUGUAUUCAGAAGCUACUCUGUCAUAUGGUUUAUUCCCACUGAUUUGUCUGUUUUCAAACUAUAUCUUCAGUCAUAUCUUUAAUAUGACAAUCACAUCACAAGGGCUGUUCUAAAUUUCUUUUAGUUUUUAAGGUGGGCCUUCUAUGGAAGUGGGAAACUGUGAUUCUGUACUUCUAAUGUAAUACUAAAGAUAUUAAAGAUUAAUUGGAAAUUAGAAUUUAAUGUCUUCUAUUCCUUGAGAAAUUGAAGUAUUUAAUGUAGUUUUGCAAAUUUGAAUCAUUUUCUUGUGAAACUGUUUUAUGACAGUUGUUCCAAAAAUACUUUCCAUGUAUGUGAAUUCUGUCUGCUAUCAUGAAAUUACUGGUAUAGAAAGGGCAGUUUAUAAUUGUGUCCUGCUGUUUGUAUCAGGUAUCAAAAGCUGAAACUGAGCUGUCCUUUUAAAACAUGAAUACUGUACUCAAACAAAUUACUAUUAAAAUUGUAUCAAAUUGUUUUUUGUAAUGCCUGCUUUGCUUAAGCUUGUAUUGGUUUCCUAUAUGAAGUUGAUAUCUAAGUUUAAACACUAGUUGUUGCAGGCUGAAAUUUUAACUUCUUUUUAAAAUAAAUAAAAUUUCACCUACUUUGACAUGCCAUUUUUAAAGCAAUUUAACAUGCCUGUUUGAAAAAACUUACAAUAGAUCAUCCAAUUCAGGGUACAAUAUAAUCUUUUGAAAGUAAUAAAAAUGAGCUAGUGUUAAGCAAAUGACAGGUGACGGUCUAAUAUCGCUGCUCAAGGUUUAUGAAUGAAAUAGAGCCAUAAGCGCAUUAGUCACAUUUUUUUCCAAAUAUUUGGGGAUUAGGAUAUAAGAAAGCUAACAACAUAUAAAUGUACUGGAUUUUAAAACAAGUGUAAGGCAAAGAAAAUAAAUAAACCACUAAACAUUAUCAAAAUAAGUGCUAGUAGAUCUGGAAUAUUACUAAGCAGUUUGUUAGCAAGUGCAAGAAACUUGCAGUGUCUGAGAUGUAGGAAAUAAGUAAGCUUGGGUUGUUUUGUUUGAGAAUUAUUUUUAACUUAAUUUUAGAGGUAGACUUGAAUUAGAAAUAAGAGUUUCAUCACUGUUUUGGGAUAUUAAUUAAUGUGGGCUGCAGAUAUGAAAUGCAGGCCAGCAGAGUUCUGAUUUGAUAUCAUGCAACUUCCUUGCUGGUUUAUUAAGUGUAUAUGCAUCUGUGCAAAAACAGUUAUAGUGGAAAUGAAGAAUUUGUCAGGGGAGAAGGUGUGAAGGAUGGGUACAAAGACCUAGUGUAAGUAAAUAACUUAUACAGUCAUUGAUUUUUUUUUUUUAAAGAGUUUUUAAAGUAUGGGUUGAAAGCCAUGGCUUUUUGCCUUCUAUUAUUUUAGAAUAAUUAAUUUAGAAAGGAAGGCUGCUGCUUUUUCCUGCAGUUUCUGGUCUGAGAAUUUAAAAUAGGAGAAAUUAGUAACAAACCAUUUUUUUUUAAUGUGGAAAGUAUAUUGUUUAAGUCAUAGGAACUUGCUGGGUUUUAUACCUAGGAAGGAAUGAACUUUACUGAUUUUAUAUUAAAUUGGAUAUGCGGUUUUCAUUAGAUACCCUCAUAUUCCUUACCCUUAAUUUAUAUUAAAUUUUUGGAGUGCCAUAAAAAAUGUCUGUAACUAAAAUUGUAGUCUUCCAGUUUGUCCAGCAUUUUUAGAAAUCUGUGGAAUGUUUUACUUUGUCAUUUGUUGGUAAAUGUUUGAUAUUUUAAUUGCCAGUCUUCAAACAAAAUACUGCAUUAACCUUUGUAGCAAAGCUUUUGCUUGCUUCCUUGUGAUACUAAUGAAAAUAAAUUGAUACAAGGGAAAAAACCCUUAAUACCCAUACCUAAUGCCAUAGCCAUCUGAAAAGGCUGAAAACUUUUGGAAGCUUUGAACCCUGGAUUUCUGUGACCACCUUCAGCAGUAUUUAAGUUGAAAGUAAAAGAGUGUUAUAUGGCAGAAAGAAAUCACAAUGUUCAUGAUGUAUAGAAUAAUUUUGAAUUGAAGAGAAUGAAGAGUAUGUUGUUUGCAUAUCUGUUAAAAUACACAUUGCAAAAAUUUUUUGCUAGUAUUUCCCCCCUGCCCUCUUUAAAACUUUUUCAUUAUUAGUUAGUCUCAAUGGACUGGCUGUGGAAAAAAUCAAAUUUUCAUAACAGUUAUGGGUAUAUUGCAUUUAGGUGGCCACAUGGAAGAAUAUAUUGAAGUAUUAGAAAGAUUUUAAUUUAAUUUCAUGGUCAGAUGGGAGAGGUAAAACCCAUCUGUAUUGUGAUUUGAAUGCUGGGGAAAGGUGUUGUGUGCAGAUCAGUCAUUUUGGAGAGAUGUUUUAGUAUAUGCCAUUAAGUUUGCAUCAGAUAAACAGCUAUCAUAAUGAUGUCACAGUAGCAUGAAAUACAUUGUCUUUCUCAUGGUCAGGAUGUAUGUUGCAAGAUGAGGCUAAUAAAGGCAAGAAUUGUUUGUUGGUUUCUUGUAUCUGCUUGUACAGGACACAGCAUAGGUCUGUGAGUUCAGGAAACAAAAAUGCUUUCUACCACAUGUAUCUGAUCUGGAUUUUUCUCUGACAUUAGGCAGUUAAAUAAGCAAGAGAUAUUGAAGCAACGUAUGGAGAAUAUACUGAAGUUUGGUGUUUUGUUGUUUGGGGGGUUUUUAUGCUAGUUGUAUGAAUUAAAACUCUUGCACUUGGAGAGUUAAAGUCUUUGCUAAGACGCGUCUCUGAGCUCAGUUUAAGGUAAGUGGGUGUUAGCUUUGUCAAUAAACUAAUUUUGUUUAGCAGAUGACCUUGUAUAUCUAAUAUAGCAUAUUAUAAAUGCACAAUCAUUGUAAUAAUUAUAUGCAGAGAGAUACACAAACAAUCAUAAUUUUUUCCAGAUUUGCAGUUCUUCUGGAAAAGGAAAAUAAAAAGGAGAGGAAAAAAAUUAAUAAUGAAAUUGCAGAGGGGUAGCAAGUGCUGUCAGCUGCUUAGAGCUAACCUGGCCCACAUGGUUUCUAUGGAAAAUGCAAAAUAGCCUCUCACUUUUUCAUGUCUAAAUGGAUAAACUGCCUUAAUUAGCUCACAUUUAUUUCGCGGUGCUGCAGUUUAAAAGUGUUUAUACAGGUAGAGGUUGUGGAGAAAUUGACUCAAAGGAAUUUUUUUCACUUGGCAAAGUCUUUUGUCUAGCAACAUUAAAGUUUUCAGGAUUAUUAAGUGAAUAAAAUAGUAUUUGCACAUGCCAGGUUGCUCCAUGUAGUGUUAAAUAUAAAAAUGUUAUUUCUCUACAUCUGGAAAACUGCUCAAAAAUUGAGAGCUUUUUACCAAUUAUAUUUGUUUUGCAGUGCUUAUCUUUCUAAAUAAAAAUGGUAUUUAGAUAUUUUUCUUCUGAUGCUUGAGUUAUAAAUCUGUGCUCUCACUUGGGGGUUGUUUCUGGAGAAUGUUCUUUAAGGUUUUUUUGGGGAAAUGUAGAGGAAAUGACUGGACUUUGUUAGGAAUAAAAAUGCUUUGUAAUAUUCCUGAGCUUCAAAGGAUCAGUUAAGAUAGCAAGUUGACCACCUUUAAGCACUACAGAAGAAUAAUCACUUUGAGAGGAGUAUUUAAAUUAUUUUAAUUGAAUUUAAUUUAUAGAAUGACUAUUUAAAGCAGUUAUUUAAAAAAUAUUGUAAACCUAUCAACCUAUGUUAAUUUGGAACUCAACUUUUUAAUCACUUAACUCCAGUAGUAGCCAUUUAUGACAUUCCAUUAUACCCACGUUUGAUGUUAUAAAUUGUAUAUUUUCUUCUUGCAUUGCCAGCAUUGGACAUUUAUAAUGUGGGAUUGAAUGGAGAAAAGAAGGAACUUUAAAACUAGCUCAAAACAACUGUGACACCACUUGAAUUGGACUUUAGAAUAAUAGUCCACAAGUUCAACUAAAUGAUUUAUAGAAUUCUGGACAUUUGUUUGUGUGCUAUAAGAGCCUAAGUCUUUGCCAUGAAUUCCCUUAGGUGCCAGAUUUUGCCACAUGCCCUGGACAUUGCUAUCUUAAAAAGCCAUGUGAUUUGCACCAAUCUUGCUUCAGCCUAAUUGGGGAUGACAAAGUAAAAGUAAAAUUUCCCUGUGUAGGGAUUUCCCCUUGUAGGGAUCAUGCCCAGGUCAAAAAUCAAUAUGAAGCAGGAUUUCAGUCUUGUGCUUAUUGCAUAAUACUAAUGUUUUAAAAUAUAUGAUUUUACAUAUUUGUGAACAGGUAUAUUAGUAAUACGUUAAAGUUUACAUGAUUUAUGUAAUUAUGUUAUGAAUUGUUAAUUUGCUGAGAACUUUAGUGCUGUUCAUUGCAUAAGGGCAGAUGGAAACAAAAUUACUGCUUGUCUGAAUAUUUAACAAGUGAAAUAACAGUAAUCAGUGAACAAUGUGUCUUGUAAUCUUUCAACAUAGUGCAUAUUUGUUUAUCUAAAAAUAAUUUGAAAUAUCUGUAUGAUAAUUUUUGUGUACACUGAUAAUUGUAAAAUUUUACAGUUUUCCUUGUCAAUACAUGCGUUUAAGAGUAUCUCAAAAUAUCAGUAAUGUUUAAUUUUAAUAUGAAAGGAGGGCAGGAGCUGAAAUGUAAAUAUAGCUUUAUGCAACCUUUCUCAGUACUUUUUAUUGUUUAUGUUUUCAUUGAUUAUGUAAAUUAAAGUGGUAGUCUAUUUUUUCCUUUUAUAUGAAAAAAAUGUUAACUUUUCCUUCCAUGCAUUGCUUAGAAAUAGUAAAACUGAAUAAUGAUUUUAGUCAAGUUAGAGCUCUGGACUUCAUCAGUGGUGGUAAACUAUGAGGGAAGAGCUUGAAAAGACUCAUAUCCCAGGUAUGAGUUGGUAAGGAAAUUAAUCUAAAGACUGUAUUUUUACUUGACUAACCCUUUUUAAAACAAUUUUGGCCAAUGUCAACACUUGAUAUGUUGAAAAUGUGUAAUAUAGAAGCUGGAUGCAAGGUGACUACAAUGACUUUGAUGGCUACAUUCUUUAAAUUUAAGAUUUCAUUUUUUUAGUAUAGGCUAUCAGAGUAUUGUUUGUUUUCUUCAGAUUAACAGUUGAUAUAUGACACAGUUUAGGUAGAUAUUGUUUUCUGGAAACCUAAGCUCAUAGUGCAGAUGUUCAAUGUAGGUGUUCUGUAUGUCCGAAUGAGAAGCCUGGUGUUGAGACAUAGGAAUAUCUCUUCUCAUUUAGUAAGAUUAUGUAUGAGUUUAAAAAUACAUAGUUACUGUAUAUUUUCAGCUUUUCUUUACUUUCUAGCAACCAAUAUUAUUUUUGUGGUUAAAAUUGCUGUGUUUGUGGGAUUUAAGUCUUAAUCCACAGCAUCAUGAUAGUGAUAAUCCAGCCUCUUUUAAUGGUAUUAAAAAGAUGAAGCUAAAUAUUUUUUGUAUUUUUAGAAAGGCUUUUGCCUUUAUGCCUCUUGUGGUACUAGCUAAAUAAAGUAAUAUCAAGAGGCUGACUGGUCUCAGUUUGUUAGCUACAAUGGGAAAAGAAGACAGGACCUGAUUUUGGAGAGUAAGGUUUACUUUCUUAAAUAAAAAUCCAAACAGUCUUAGGUAGUCUGAAGUAAUGCAGUAAGUGCUUUAACUCUAAGAAAAUGGUAACUGCUUUUGGAUCUGAACAAUACCUUUGCCAAAACAUUUAUUUUCCUUUGGAUAAAGAAACAUAUAUUGUAAUUUACUGCAAGAAAACAGUCAAUUUAUAUACUCCGCAAUAUCUGUUUAUUUGAAGGCUUUUUGAGUUAAUAUAUUUAUAAAAUAGUAAUAAAAUUUUAUAGAAACAUAAAUUAGUGUGCUUGAGAGGGAACUGACAAAUACUUUGCAGAGAAGUCAGAGGGGGUGUUGGUUAUAUUUAUGUGGCAGCAUAAUCUCCAAGAUGCUUCACAGGUAGAAUGCAU